GCCAGCAGUCCCGCGAGCUCGGAUAAAACCGGUGUGGUCACGCUUAUGAUGCUGCAUUAACCGCGCACAGCUGGGUCAGAGAAACAUCCGCAAUACUUCACCGGCAGACGCACCGUGACUCACCUGCACAGACAUGGAUGACGACAUCUCUGCCCUCGUUGUUGACAAUGGCUCAGGUAUGUGCAAAGCGGGUUUCGCCGGAGACGAUGCCCCCCGUGCCGUCUUCCCCGCCAUUGUCGGUCGCCCAAGGCACCAGGGUGUGAUGGUGGGAAUGGGACAGAAGGACAGCUAUGUGGGAGACGAGGCUCAGAGCAAGAGAGGCAUCCUGACCCUGAAGUACCCCAUUGAGCACGGCAUUGUCACAAACUGGGAUGACAUGGAGAAGAUCUGGCAUCACACCUUCUACAAUGAGCUCCGUGUUGCUCCUGAAGAGCAUCCAGUCCUGCUGACUGAAGCUCCACUCAACCCCAAAGCCAACAGGGAGAAGAUGACACAGAUCAUGUUCGAGACCUUCAACACUCCUGCCAUGUAUGUGGCCAUCCAGGCUGUGCUGUCACUGUAUGCUUCUGGUCGUACUACAGGUAUUGUGAUGGACUCUGGUGACGGUGUCAGCCACACUGUGCCCAUUUAUGAGGGCUACGCUCUGCCUCACGCCAUCCUCCGUCUGGACCUGGCUGGCAGAGAUCUGACAGACUACCUGAUGAAGAUCCUCACAGAGAGGGGCUACAGCUUCACCACCACUGCCGAGCGUGAGAUUGUACGUGACAUCAAGGAGAAGCUGUGCUACGUGGCUCUGGACUUCGAGCAGGAGAUGCAGACGGCAGCUUCCUCUUCCACCCUGGAGAAGAGCUAUGAGCUUCCUGAUGGACAAGUCAUCACCAUCGGAAAUGAGAGGUUCCGCUGUCCCGAGGCGCUCUUCCAGCCUUCCUUCAUUGGAAUGGAAUCUGCUGGUAUCCAUGAGACGACCUACAACAGCAUCAUGAAGUGUGACGUGGACAUCCGUAAGGACCUGUAUGCCAACACUGUGCUGUCCGGUGGUACCACCAUGUACCCCGGCAUCGCUGACCGCAUGCAGAAGGAGAUCACAGGCCUGGCCCCACCCACCAUGAAAAUCAAGAUCAUCGCUCCCCCAGAGAGGAAGUACUCCGUCUGGAUCGGCGGCUCCAUCCUGGCAUCUCUCUCCACUUUCCAGCAGAUGUGGAUCAGCAAGCAGGAAUACGAUGAGUCCGGCCCCGCCAUCGUCCACCGCAAGUGCUUCUAAAAUGCUUCCCAUCCUCCUCACCCUCAGCCCUGGCAGGAGUCAACAUACUUCAACUGUCCAGCUAGCUGUGCGUCUGGUUUAUCUUGCAUGGACAGACCUAAAGAUGUUGUGGAUACUAUGAAAUCAGAUUUACGUUUUAGUGUUGCAGUUCACUGAAACUUGUGCUGCAUUUCAAACACAUUUGGCAAAUCCAGUCCAGUUUGAGCUGUUACUGUUAACAGACUGUACACAAAUCCCAUCUCUGGUCAUACUGCUUGUCAUGCAACUCUCCAAAGCAAACUGUUAGAGUAAAUCAAUAAAAUGUCCAUUUAUUUACUUA